GGCGCAUGUUGACAUCAACAAGAGUCCCACCCUCGUGUUGCUUUUUUUCACUGGUUCGGCGGCUGCCAAGAGCGCGAACCCAAUCAAUUAUCAAUUGGCACAAAGAGUGCACAGCCGUCAAGGUCUGGUUGUCGUGCGACGCCAAUAUUUAUUUUGUUAUUUUUUUCCACAGACGGCCCUCUUCUCCGCUGGAAUCGCAGCAACAGCCCAGAGGAAACCAACAACACUAAACCCGGCACUUUGGCGCAUUGCUCACGCCGCCCCGCAACGUCAGACAGCUCACUUGCGCGUGAUGCGACGACUCGUCUCAUAAGACGCGUCUUCCCUUGACUGGGGGCCCCGCCGUUAGACCCGACAAUGCGGCACCCGACCCGGGAUGGUCUUGCCUGGGACGACAAUGGUCUCGGCCCGGUCGCGAGGUGGACCAGACAACCCGACAUCGAAGCCGUCGAGCGUGUAUGUCGCCGUGCCCUCAACAUCAACCACACUGUCGACUGCAACGUCCACCUGCAUGCCAAUGGCGAGUUCAGCAAACUUUAUGCCGUCGACAGCAUCCGCGGCAAGCACAUCAUCCGCAUCUCCCUCCCCGUCGACCCCGGGAACAAGACCCUCGGCGAAGUCUUCACUCUGCGACUGGUGCAUCGCAUGACCGACAUUCCCGUGCCCAAAGUCAUUGCAUGGGAUGAGACUGUCAACAAUGAGCUUGGGUUCGAAUGGCUCCUGAUGGAGAUGAUGCCCGGCAGGCUAGCUUACUAUCGCUGGCGCAAGAUGACUGACACCCAGAAAGAGAUACUUACCAAGCGCGUGGCAGAGUUCCAUACCCAGCUGCUCCGCUGCGGCAAUCUGGGUCAGGGUUUCAGAUCGAUUGGAACGCUGGGAACGGGCCCGAAUGCCGACUACAACACCGCAGUCACACCCUCGCCUGGCCCCAUUGUUGACAGCGUCUUCUUCUCUGGGCCACGCUCCAGUUACCCUGUGGCCCGUGGCCCCUUUGAAUCCAGUCAUGACUGGCUUCGAGCCUAUCUUGACCUCAUCAUCACGGAGCACACAAAUGCUCUUGCCAAAGCCAAGACUGAUGACGACAAGGAACAUGCCGAAAUGGUGCUCCGGCUGGCUCGCAAACUGCUAAGAAUGGUUCAUAAAAUAUUCCCUUCCUUGGUUUUCCCGCCAGAGCAUACCGUGCUUUGGCACGACGAUCUCUCGUUGAAGAACCUUCUUGUAGACGACAAUGGCCGCAUAACAGGUGCGAUUGGAUGGGAAUGUGUAUCGACCAUGCCACGCUGGAUGGCUUGUCAGAUGCCUGCAUUCCUUCGAGGCGCAAGCCGGAAGCAGAAGCCCAGCAGGGACAGUUAUACAAAUCUGGCUCCGCGCCCGUCAGCUUCUUCCACUUCUGACGAAGACCACUUGGACAAUGAAGGAAAGACGGAGCUUUAUUGGAUCCACCUGAUGGAGUAUGACCAGACCCGGCUGCGCGAGGUUUAUCAAUCUCGAAUGACACAGCUCUUGGGCCCUGAGUGGGAGAAGGAUGUCGACGAAGCCCGGCUCAAGGUUGACUUUCUUGGAGCAGUGUCUCGAUGCGGCACCCAGUUUUAUCCUGUCAGAGUAGAACAGUGGGUUGACGCCAUAGAUCGCAAGGAGUUCAUCUCGUUGAUGCAAGUCUUGCGUACGGGCAUCAAAAAAGAAAAGCGACCCGCGACGCCUAGCGGCAAUGCCGCCCCAAGCAAAGUGCACUACGAGAGGCCAGCCAGCAGCACGCCCAGCAGAGUUCAACAAGAGAUUCAAAGACACGAAAGGAUGCAUCUUGCUGGAUCAGGAAACCCCACCGCUUCGGUUAUUUUCAGGACCGGGAGCCCUACCAAAACGGCCGCGAUGACAGGCAGCUGGACUCCAUCUAGACCCAGUUCUGUCAACAGCCACCGUCCCACAACAUCAUGGAGAGGCUCGGUCUCGGGCGUCUCCGGAGCGCAUCUGGAAACGCCCCAGAGUCCUGUUAGCGUACAUGUCCGUCGAAGGUCGUCGGACGGAAUAUCAUUGACCAGCUUGGAACUGCCCAAUCCCAAGAGCCCAGUCAACGUGCAUAUUCGACGCAACUCGGGGUCAACUUGUGUGUCAACCACUUCGUCCAUCGUUUCCGGAACGACUAAUUCCUCAUCGAAGCUGGGAUAG